AUGGUGUCGCUCGCGCGGACGACGUCCGAGGCCGGCAGCGAGGUGUUCAACGACGCUGUGCCGCGCUUCCCACAUGUGCGGGCGCUGCUGAGUGCAAUGGCCCGGCAGCAUCGGGCCUCAGGGAACGGCUACGACUCUGAAGGCGAAGGCGACGGUCAAGUCCCGAGUGGAUUUGUGAGCCGCGUCGUCGGGAUGCUGGACGAGGAGCACGAAGAAGAGCUCAAGGGAUUGCUUAAAGAACACUAUCCCAGCCUCGAAGAUGACGUUCUGGAGCAGUACAUGCUCGAGCUGAUGCACAAGCACCGCGACGAUCUCGCCGGCGUACCCUUCCUGUUACUCUCCAGUAGUCGCCGCCCGAUCUCGCGCCCGUCCUCACGUGCGUCGGGCAGGAGACCAGAGACGCCGACGCUGAGCAGCGCACCCAGCUCGCCGCUUGCAUACGUAUUCAGGCGCCCGCACACGCCGCUCGCGUCGCCGCUGAGCACGGGCGUCGGCCAGAACUCGUACAUUGGCAAUCUCCAUCCCUCGGGCGACUCUCCCCAGGCAUCGCCCACUCUUUCCUAUUCCGUCCCGAAUUACUUUGCGGGCGCUAGUCUUCCCGCGUCGCCUCUGUCCUCGCCUAGAUUGCUGAAUGCAAAGGCGAACGAGUUCAGACCCCAUCCCCGUCCCCUUUCGGCCGCGUCUUCUAAUCCGGGCUCAUACAUCCGCGCCGAUUCGCCUGAUCUGUGGUCUCAUGGUACAUCGCGCGGUCCAUCAAACCUCGCCAUCGCCGCGCCUCUCAUUCCAGACUCGUCCCUGCUCUCACGUUCGGGCACCCCGAGUUCUCUCCGCGCGUCCAUGCGCCCUGAUGAAUUGGAAGACGACAACGAUCCAUUCGACCCCUUCGCCAAGGACGUGCCAGUCUUCCCCUCCAUCCUCGCGUCCGAUUACGAGCCUUCGGGUUGGGAAACUCAUGGCCCACCUCAUCAGGGAUACGAGAAUUACGACGGAACCGGACAAGGGCUCAACUUGAACGCAUUCUCGUCUCCGCUCAUGUCUUCCGAGCCAUCCCAAGACAGCCUCGAGGACGACGGGCAGGAUUUGCUCACGGACGGAAUGACGCCCUUCGAUGUACUCAGUUCCGUUUUCGGUGCCAGUCUUGCACCAAGUGAGCUCGAGGACGCGCUCGCGAACAACGGUUACGACUUCGACCGUUCUAUGGCAUGGCUCAUCGACCGUAUGGCGCCUCCUCAACAGUCCCCGGGUCCUGCUCCUUCACGCACGACGCAAAUCGGCGGUCGAAAUGUCGCCGUGAUCUCGCGGGAUGGACCUGGCGCUGCUGGAUUCGUGCGCGGCGGUAGAUCAGGCGGAUUUCCGCCUGGACAGAGGGGCAACACACGUUUCGUCAACGGUAGACCCGUGCCAGGAGGCAACCGCGUCUGUCGUUACUUCCUCGCUGGCGAGUGUCUACGAGCAGACUGCCGCUUCAGUCACGAUUUGGAGCGUGCUCUGUGUCGCUUCUGGUUGCGGGGAACCUGCGCCAAAGGCGAAGCCUGCGAGUUCUUACACCACCUUCCUGAGAACGUGGAUGUCUCAGCUGUAACGAACCAAUUCGGUCAGAUCAACCUGCGCAACAACGCCAACGACAAUGGUCGCCGUUCGCCAGGUCUUGAAGAGUUCCCCUCGCUCGGCUCGGCCGGAAGGGGAGCUGCACCGAAUGACCCAGGACGCACUCGUUUCGCCGCGGCUGUCAAGAAGCCGAACGCACCCAUGCCGCCCACCCCUCCUCGGGACGAAGCAACGCUGGCCGCGCGACGCGAAGCCAUGGGCAGCGCCGCGGACUCGUUACACCAUCGCACAGCCAUCAUAGCGCCCAAACCCUCGCCGCGCCUCAAACUCCGCCCUCCGACUCUGCUGCCGACACUAGUAACCGGCUCCGAGGUCAACACAUUAUACAUGCAAUACCGUUCCCGCGCCCUUCAGCUAGGCGCAGCACGUAACGCAUGUCUCAGCCGUGCAGCGGACGCCUGGCGACGUGGAGACGGCGGCGCAGCGAAACGUUUCUCGCGCGAGGGACACGAGCUGAACGCGAAGAUGGCUGGGGAGAUGGCGCAAGCUGCCGCGCGCCUCAUUCGCGAGCGCGCACGGGCUAUGCAGCACGCUUGUCGCUCUCGGGACAUCAGCUGGAGCGACGACCCCGGUGACAGUCGUGUGCGUGGGAGCGCGUGCGGUGCCGGACUUGGCGUCAUCCUCGGCAUCGCGCGUUCCGACGUCGCAAGCGGCGACAAGAGUGCUCUGAGCCCUGAAGAGCGUACGGAGGCUGCUGUCGACUUGCAUGCGUUGCAUUCGAACGAGGCUGUUGAGGCGCUGGAGGAGUGUCUGCUUACGCUUGAGCGUGAGCACUUCUACGGUCUUGUGUACCUCGUCGUCGGCGAGGAGAAACACCAAAGCGUACAGAGUGCCGCGCGCGGCUCGAGCCGCGUCCGCCUUGCAGCUGGCGUGAAGGAGUGGUUGCACCGCUGGGGUUACCCCUGGAGCGAGCGCGACGGUAUCAUCUGCGUCGACCCGUUGACCCAUUUAUAG